GAUGCGGUGCUGUACUUAAAAAAAAAAAAUGGGCUCGUCCAGGAAUUGAACCAGGUACCUCUCACUACCAUUGUGCUUCAAAGGGAUUAAUCAUGACAACUGAUUUCAAAGAUAGUAUCCAAACAGUCUUGGGUUCUAUUAGUCCAUCUGAGAUUGGUCGAACCUUGACCCACGAGCACUUGCAUGUGACCUUUGUGGCUUACUGGAGGAAGCCAAAUGAUGAAUACCGAGGAAUCAUCGACACACCUAUUACCAUGAAGAAUUUAAAGUUUCUCAAACAUUUUCCGUAUUCAGUGAAAGCGAAUUUGGACAUGCGUGAUGAGGCCGAUGCUGUGAUCGAGGAAUUGGAAAUAUUCAAGCAGAACGGAGGGACGUGUAUUGUGGAUGUUACGCCAGUAGACAUCGGUCGAGAUAUUCAGAUCUUGGCUGACUACUCAAAGAAAACAGGUGUUCAUAUUGUUGGUGGCACAGGCUACUAUCUCUGCACCUCAAUGCCCACCAAACUAAACACAAUGACAGAAGAAGAGAUAGUGACUGAAAUGAAAAGUGAUUUAACAGAAGGCGCUGAUGGGACAAAUAUUAAAUGUGGUGUGAUUGGAGAGGUUGGUUGUUCCUGGCCAGUCCAUCCAAAUGAACAGAAGGUCCUCUGUGCUUCCGGUAUUGCUCAAUCAGAACUUGGAUGUCCAGUGAUCAUUCAUCCAGGCAUCAGCAUCAUUGACCCACUGAUGGCACCCAUUGACCACCUCAGAGUAUUUCAAGAAGCUGGGGGUGUUGCCAGACACACAGUCAUGUCUCAUGUGGACCGUUGUUGUCCAACUGUGGAAACUGCAUUGGAAUUUGCGAAGCAUGGUUGUUAUUUAGAGUAUGAUUUCUUUGGAUUGGAGAACUCUUAUUAUGAAAUUAAACCAGGAAUGAUGGAAUACAUUUCAGAUGCUCAACGCAUUAAUAUUAUCAAGGGGCUUGUAGAUGAAGGCUAUGCUGACCAAGUUUUGAUCUCUCAUGAUGUACAUGCAAAGCAUCAACUGCUGAAAUAUGGCGGCCAUGGUUACAGCCACAUCCUGGAAAAUGUGGUUCCAAAAAUGUUGUUGAAGGGAAUCUCACAGGAUAAUAUCGACAGGAUACUCAUCGACAAUCCAAGAUCAUGGCUCACAUAUUACUAAACUGCAAUUGAACACGAACAGUAUAAUAAUGAUAAUGAUAAAUACAAUGCAUAUAUAGUAAUGUAUAAAUAUAUACAACACUUCUAAUGUAGAUAUGCAAGGCACAGACAGAAUGGUAAAUGGUAGAGUACAGUAUAUAUUUUUUUAAUUAUGGAGUGUGAUUUAGCCAGUGUGAAAGAGAUUGAUUUUAAAAAGCUUUAUAUAGUUAGAAGUGUUGCGAAAAUCAUCAUUGUGUGUGCUCCUCAACAAGGGAUCUAUCAAUUUCAGGGAUCAGUUGAGUCCAGGGGAAAAGUAUUUGAAAUAUUAAACAAAACAAAUAUAAAAGAA